GUCAGGUGCAAUGCAGUUGUUUUGUCGUGAUUCACUCUUAUUUCAUGUGCAGUUCUCCACAUGGUUUUAUAAGCACUAUAUGUAUUUUUAAUAACACACAAUAUUAAUUUAACAUGCACAAAGUCGUAUUUUUUCAGCAGGAGAGUUAUUGGUCGCGUUGGGGUCCUAAAUUUCAAAACAAUCGAAAUGGCGGCGUCUGUAAGAUGGAGUCUACUGCGCUUCAUACGGUUACAUCAGAUGAGAUUGCCUGUAACUGACAGAAAUGAGUGUUAUUCAGUGUGGGCUGCCCAUAGAAUACAGUCUCAACGGUAUGAAUGCAAACCAUUCUCAGUACGAAUGAUUUCAAUUUUAACUCAAGACACACCAAACCCCAGAAGUCUAAAGUUUCUUCCCGGUAAGCCUGUGCUGGGGACGGGAACUCGAGAUUUCCCAACAUCAAAUUCGGCAGAGAGUUCCCCUUUAGCAAGGGAUCUUUUCCAAAUUGAAGGCAUAAAAAGUGUCUUUUAUGGCCCAGAUUUUAUCACAUUGACAAAGACAGACAAUGAUGUUGACUGGACCGAGAUUAAGCGGCAUGCUAUUGAGGUCAUUACUAAGUUCUUUGAGAGUGGCGAGGCCAUCACAACGGGAGCAACACACACUGAGAGCAGUAUUACAGAAGAUGAUGAUGAAAUUGUCUUAAUGAUUAAGGAGCUUUUAGACACACGGAUCAGACCGACGGUUCAGGAGGAUGGUGGUGAUGUCAUAUUCAAAGGCUUUGAGGAUGGCACAGUGAAGCUGAAGCUGGUUGGGUCCUGUACAGGCUGUCCCAGCUCCACAGUUACCCUAAAAAAUGGUAUCCAGAACAUGUUGCAGUUUUAUAUACCUGAGGUGGACAAUGUAGAACAGGUCGAGGAUGAAGUGGAUGAGAUCAACAUGAAGGUGUUUGCGGAAGUGGAGAAGAAAUUGCAAGACUCUUAGCAAAAGACCCAGCUCUGCUGUCCACAUAUUUCAAUUGGCUAUUGUUGUGUCAUAAAUAUAGUGGGAUUCCAACACUCUGUAAGGAUGCUGUAUAUUUAAGGUGCCGAAUCUAGAAUAUAAUGUUAUAUUUAACCAAGCUCAAAGUUGUAAGUUGUUUGAUUUCUAAUGUAAUAGUGCAAUAUUGUGAUUGCAUGUACAAGACAACUGCACUUUUCCACACCUUUACGUAUUCUGUCUGGCACUCAUCUGCACUCACUGAGUUACAAGGUUUCUUAAUGGGUUUGUUACUUGUCUGAGAGAAAAGGUUAAAUUGAAGACGGUUAUGCUUUUAAUUACUAUGUUUACUGAACAUUGCAAUUUCACCUGGAUGUCUGGCGAGUGCAGUAAUUAAGUGGGAGUUCUUUUAUAGCAGAAAUACAAUGCUGUGUUCCUGAUACAUUCUCAAACCUGAAAUGACCACUUGAAGUAAUGUAGAUCUUCCACAGCUCUAAGAGUCUUUGAGAAUGAGGACAGUUGUGAAAGUCUGUAUUCAUGAUCAUCUACAGCUGUCAUCCAGCAGUUCUGGCAGACCUAUAAUGAAAUAAAACAGUUGUGUAUAAAUUA